AUGGCGCUGGGGCUGCUCAUCGCCGUGCCGUUGCUGCUGCAGGCGGCGCCCCCCGGCGCGGCGCACUACGAGAUGAUGGGCACCUGCCGCAUGAUCUGCGACCCGUACAGCGCCGCACCCGGCGGGGGGCCCGCGGGCGCCAAGGCGCCGCCGCCCGGACCCAGCACUGCCGCCCUGGAAGUCAUGCAGGACCUGAGCGCCAACCCUCCGCCCCCCUUCAUCCAGGGACCCAAGGGCGACCCGGGGCGACCCGGCAAGCCGGGGCCGCGGGGGCCCCCUGGAGAGCCGGGCCCGCCUGGACCCAGGGGUCCCCCGGGGGAGAAGGGCGACUCGGGACGGCCGGGGCUGCCCGGCCUGCAGCUGACGGCGGGCGCGACAGGCGGUGUCGGGGCGGUAAGUGGCGGAACCGGGGGCGGCGGCGACUCCGAAGGCGAAGUGACCGGCGCGCUGAGCGCCGCCUUCAGCGGCCCCAAGAUCGCCUUCUACGUGGGUCUUAAGAGCCCCCACGAAGGCUACGAGGUGCUCAAGUUCGACGACGUGGUCACCAAUCUCGGCAAUCACUACGACCCCACGACCGGCAAGUUCAGCUGCCAGGUGCGCGGCAUCUACUUCUUCACCUACCACAUCCUCAUGCGCGGCGGCGACGGCACCAGCAUGUGGGCGGACCUCUGCAAGAACGGGCAGGUCCGGGCCAGUGCCAUCGCUCAGGACGCCGACCAGAACUACGACUACGCUAGUAACAGCGUAGUGCUGCACCUCGAUUCAGGGGACGAGGUGUACGUGAAGCUGGACGGCGGGAAGGCGCACGGAGGCAACAACAACAAAUACAGCACAUUCUCGGGCUUUCUUCUGUACCCGGAUUAGGAGCACAGGGAGCGCGGGGCCGAGUGGCCUCAGGCCACCCUGGGCCCCUGGCGGAGAGCUGUUCCCCGGCUGGAGAGGACCACUCUCGCUUCAUGACACUUCCUGACAUCUACGGAAAAGACACAUCCCUGCCGUCCUCCCUGCCCCGCUCCGACCUCAGUGUGUCUGCGACUCACCACGCUCCACUCUGCGCUGUCCUCCUGGUCCCUGUCCCCUACCUGGGGAGGGAGAAGGGGAUGCCUGAGUGGCAGGGUGAGCGGGAACCCGAACCCCGGAGGCGGAGGCAGCUCAGUUCAGACUUUGCAAACCUGAUUGGACUGGACAGGCCUGGCGGGAUGCCUGCCCUUCCAGUCCCCCCUCCUUCUCCGAGUGCCCUGAGACCGAGGGCUCCCAGUCCUGGCC